AUGCUCAUUGUUAAGACAACAUCCACAAAACAAGCAUUCACAAGAAGCAAAGAUGAAUUGACUCGCCCUACAGUCAUGGAGCUGUACAAUCCGCAGAAGAAGGUGAAAGUAUCCGCUGACGCGUCAUCACACGGUCUAGAUGCGCGUUGUGAUCAACUGUCGAGAGAAGAGAUGAAGCUGGUCAGCGCAGUUGCGAUCGUUUUUAUCGUAAGCUCGAGCUGCAAUGCUUCUCAAACGAAUUCAUCUUGCUGUUACGCCGACGUGAUCCCUCUCAACUGUCAUCACGCUCUCAUACUUGGACACACAGUCACUGGAGUGUACGUGAUCGAUCCGCGCGAUGGCUUGGGCUCGUUUCCGGUCUGGUGCGACAUGAAAACAAACGGAGGAGGAUGGACGGUCUUCCAGAGACGACGAGACGGAUCAGUUAACUUCAAUCGAGGCUGGGCCGACUACAGAGAAGGAUUCGGAACACUAAAUGGCGAGUUCUGGUUGGGACUGGAUAAGAUUCAUCGUCUAGCCACGAGUCAGGUACUCCGUUUCGAUCUCGUUGAUUUUGACAAUGAGAAGAGGCACGCAGAAUACGACUCAUUCACGGUUGGUCCACUCGCGUCGACGUAUCUUAUGUACGUUGGAAAGUAUAGCGGAAAUGCAGGUGAUUCAUUUAGUCGUCAUUCCGGAUAUGUCUUCGCGACAAAGGACAAAGACUCUUCGCCAAAUUGUCCUGCGCAGUACAAGGGUGCUUGGUGGUACGAAGUAUGUCAUGAUUCCAAUUUGAAUGGUCUCUACCUAAAAGGACCGACCGACCAGUGGGCUACAGGAGUUGUUUGGAAAACAUGGAAGGGGCACGGGUACUCUUUGAAAUUUACAGAACUCAAAAUGAGGCCUCAGUAGUAGACUUGAUUUUGCGUUGUGUUAGCGAAGUGGAUAUUGCCUAAGAGUGGUAUACACUGCAUGCAUGCGCGGGUGUGCAUUAAGACAAUGUGUUUGUGUGUAGCUGCGUGUGAAAUG